GGUGCGUAAGACUUUUCGAGAAGACCCGCAUAGAGCACGUUGUUCUCGGCCUCUCCCUGAGCUAGGCCGGCCAUGGCGGCGGUGAAGACCCUAAAUCCCAAAGCCGAGGUGGCCCGGGCGCAGGCAGCGCUGGCGGUGAACAUCAGCGCGGCACGGGGCCUGCAGGAUGUGCUGAGGACCAACUUGGGGCCCAAGGGCACCAUGAAGAUGCUUGUUUCUGGUGCUGGAGACAUCAAGCUUACUAAAGAUGGUAAUGUGCUGCUUCACGAAAUGCAAAUCCAACACCCAACAGCCUCUCUAAUAGCAAAAGUAGCUACAGCCCAGGAUGACAUCACUGGCGACGGCACCACGUCCAAUGUCCUUAUCAUCGGGGAGCUGCUGAAGCAGGCCGACCUCUACAUUUCUGAGGGUCUUCACCCCAGGAUAAUAACUGAAGGUUUUGAAGCUGCGAAGGAAAAGGCACUCCAGUUUUUGGAACAAGUCAAAGUGAGCAGAGAGAUGGACAGAGAAACCCUGAUCGAUGUGGCCAGAACAUCUCUGCGAACUAAAGUUCAUGCUGAACUUGCGGAUGUCUUAACAGAGGCUGUAGUGGACUCCAUUUUGGCCAUUAAGAAAAAAGAUGAACCCAUUGACCUCUUCAUGGUUGAGAUCAUGGAGAUGAAACAUAAAUCUGAAACUGAUACAAGCUUAAUCAGAGGGCUUGUUUUGGAUCAUGGAGCACGGCAUCCUGACAUGAAGAAGAGAGUAGAAAAUGCCUACAUCCUCACCUGCAAUGUGUCCUUAGAAUACGAGAAAACAGAAGUGAAUUCUGGGUUUUUCUACAAGAGUGCAGAAGAGAGAGAGAAACUAGUGAAGGCUGAAAGAAAAUUCAUUGAAGACAGAGUUAAAAAGAUAGUAGAGCUAAAAAGGAAAGUCUGUGGUGAUUCCGAUAAAGGAUUUGUCGUCAUUAACCAGAAGGGGAUUGACCCCUUUUCCUUAGAUGCUCUUGCAAAAGAAGGCAUCGUGGCCCUGCGCAGGGCCAAGAGGAGAAACAUGGAGAGGUAUGCAGCACCAUGCCCAGGGGUAAGCUGUUCUGACAAUGAUUUCUUUUCUCAGGGUGAAGAGAAGUUCACCUUCAUUGAGAAAUGUAACAAUCCUCGUUCUGUCACAUUACUGAUUAAAGGACCAAAUAAACACACACUGACUCAAAUCAAGGAUGCAAUAAGAGAUGGCCUGAGGGCUGUCAAAAAUGCCAUCGAUGAUGGCUGUGUUGUCCCGGGCGCAGGGGCAGUAGAAGUGGCGAUGGCAGAGGCUCUGAUUAAAUACAAGCCCAGCGUGAAGGGCAGGGCGCAGCUUGGAGUCCAGGCAUUUGCAGACGCCUUACUCAUUAUCCCCAAGGUUCUUGCCCAGAACUCUGGUUUUGACCUUCAGGAAACAUUAGUUAAAGUUCAAGCUGAGCAUUCGGAAUCGGGCCAGCUUGUAGGUGUGGACUUGAACACAGGUGAGCCGAUGGUGGCAGCGGAGAUGGGUGUGUGGGAUAACUACUGUGUGAAGAAGCAGCUGCUGCACUCCUGUACUGUCAUUGCCACCAACAUUCUCCUGGUUGAUGAGAUCAUGAGAGCUGGAAUGUCUUCUCUGAAAGGUUGAAGGAGUCUGCCUUGUAACUGAAUCUGUAAUACUACAGAAUGAUGUGGGGAAAAUGGUCGGUUUUGUCCAAAAUUCUAUUGAUUUGGAAAGGAAUUUUCUUUCCCCUUUGAAGAAAAUGAACAGGACAUUUGGCACCUACUCAAGUUACAAUACUGUAAAAAAAAAAUUUUUUUUGCAUUGAGUGUAUGCAUACGCUCAUAAAGUGGACCCUUUUUAACCCACUGAACAAGAUGUUUUUGAGACAAUGACACAAAAUUACAUAUUAAGAUAAAUGUGUUGUCUACCUUGUUCCUUAAAUGUUCUUUGAAAAAUUGUAAUGGUUUUCUUCUAAACAAGGCAUGGUGGUACAUGCCUGUAAGCCUAGCACUUUGGAGGAAGUUCUGCUCCAACUAAGGCUACAGGAGACCCCCAGCUCAGAAGAAUCAUUUUCUUUUCCUUAUUGGAUGUAUUUUAAAUUAGCCAACUAACCCCGUUAAACGUGUAAGAUUCUUGCCAGUGUGAAACACAUCUGUGUAAUUUAUGGUUUUCAUAGUAUCUAAUAAAUACUUAAAGGUA